GCUCGUCGUUUCUCGCUGAAAUCAGAAAAGUUGAGGCACACAUGCAGUGAGAUCAGUAUAAUCAGUAAGAAAGUUUAAAGUACACCGAAAACGUCGACUGCAAAACAUGUUCACCUGGUGAGAAUGGGACUCGAGCAUAUUAUAAGCAAUGAAUAAAGGCAGUUUGGAGUUGGUUUAAUCAACGUUGCUUAGUCAAAUUAAACUGUGGGUUAAUCAACAUAAUCCGCGAUUGCGCGUUAUGUCAACAAGCGAAGUAUUCCUGGAAAUCCAUCGACCCCAGCUCGUCGUUUUCACAAACAUUACACACGGAUCGAGGGACAAUAAAUUGUAAUGAACGAUCCUGUGCAUAGGGGAAUUAUUUGCCGGGAUUACGAACUGCAGUUAGCUUGUACAUCUGUCAGAGAAUGGACUCGAGCACCUGCAUUUGCUGCAGACCGUUAGCUGCUGGCCUGCUGCUUGUCGUCUGCUGAGCCCGGCUGUCUGUAACGGCCAAUGGCGGCCGACAGGAGCUCGCACUCGCGUUGUCGCGCGCUACACGUCGCCGGGCCAAGGCUGGCACACCUGGCCUGGAAUGUCCGCCUCUCAGGUAGUCUCACGGUGUGUGCCUCGUGUGUCCUGGGACUGGAUCAGUGACUGCAGGAGCUUGUUGUGGCACAUACGCCGGACACAUCGCAGGAGUGUGCAAGAAGAGACCUGUUGAGUUGGUUUUUUUUUAACUUGUCAAUGAAAUUUGUGGCAGAGACUGGAUAUUGACCUUUUACAUCGACAGACUGGGAAGUACCUAGUGUUUACCUGUGGUCUUACGACCGCUUUUGAGCAUUUUAUUUCAGGGAAAUGCUUUAAACACCUGUUGGAGACUGUCGAUCUGGAACGAUGUGGUUGUCUUGUGACAGACGGCUGGUAACCACCCGAAGUAGUGUCGUCUGCAAUGGUGUGACACUGUGUAUCUCCUGACGUGGACUUCAUGGCACAGGUUAUCGCUUGCUGGUCGUGGGUGACUUGUGUGCUGUGUCGGGUAGGAUCCGUCACCCCCUAGCGACUGCUUGGCGUCAGGGUGUCAGGGUAUGUCAAGAUGGCGGCACCAGUGGAGGAGACCCCCGAGGGGUCGUGUGGCGUGUACAGCAGCUCGUCGGACGCCGCUGUUGGCGAUGUGGUUUGGGAGGAGAAAGUGAGAAGCCUCAAAGACAUCAUCGCUAGCUUCCGCCUGCCGCUCGUGGCCAGGGUUAAGAGUGGAGACUUAUCGAGGCUCUUGCCGCUGAGUGGAGCCGACGACAACAACAUCAUCCAAAUCCACGAGUUGCGGCGACGAAAGAUCGUCUUUGCUCGAAGGCUUCAGUGGGAGAAACGGCAGCACGAUUACAUUGUGUCAGGCGAGCAGGUAGAGGUGCCAGCAAGCUUCAAAGGUUGGUUCGAGGUUGUACCGGAGGACGGGCGGCCGGUGGAGUAUUUCGACACGGUGGGCGCCAUCGCCAGUGUCAAACCUCGCCGCUUCCUGGUGCGCACGUCCACCGUCGGCUACCAACUGUCCAUCGAAGAUGGCGCCACGUGCUGGAUGCCGCACGAGAUCCGCCCGGGCGAGGUCCUCACAACAGGUAUGGUCUACAUGGACAACAAUAACAACACCAACAACAAGAAGGGCCGGAGCGGGGCAGGCAACAACAAGGGUUUCUUCAAGCGUCUUCUCAAGUCCUCGAAGUCUAAGAGCAGGCCGGAGCAGGACCUCAAGUACCUGCAGUGUUUCGACAUGGAGGGCCGCGAGGUGAUGAUCCCACUCAUCAUGUCUGGUGUCUUCAGCCCCGUGGGCGAUGCUUUGCUGGCCAACUAUGAUGCGGUGUAUGAACUGCAGGACCUCAUCAUGGCCUUUGGUCUGCCGGUCAACGUCCAGCUCAUCCACGCCAGCAUCAAGGAGAAGGCUUCUUGCCCGCAGGGUGUACUCAAGCUGCUGGGAUCUCGAGAGGAGGAACUGGUUCUCGUCAGCCGGGUGGCCAAGAACGGCCUCAUCGCAGACCCUGGCGUAGAAAAGGUGGAGGUGACCCUGGACAAAGACCUGGUGCUUCAGCGUGGGAUGCCCAGACGGAAACAGAGUGUACACUCCACGCGCCCGCAGCCGCUCACGGGCGACUACCUAAAGGAUUUUGGCAGUGGUUCGCUGGAAGCACCUCCCAAAGAUGCUGACUCUGCUGGCCUGCAGGUGGCGCUGCCUAAGCGAGCGCCCAAGGAACUGAAAAAGUCCAAGUCCACGGGGCUGUUGGACAUCCUGAGUGUGCGGCGAGCGCGGCACGAGCGGGCGCGCCUGAAGGAGCUGAGGGCUGAUGACGUCUUCUCCCGGAGAAUCGUGCGCAGCGACCUCAGCUACGAGGACUUCUUCAACGGGCUGGACGGCGAGGGAGAGGACGGGGAGACCAAAGCUGCCCCCACCACCACACCCUGCGGCCCAGGCCAGGCCUCCAGCGAGUCGCCCUACGGCAGCACCACCGCCGCCCGCUCGAGCAGCAUUCAGACCCGCGACCUGCCCCCCAUCCCCGUAGAGACCCCCCACUCGCCCGUGCCGUCAGUUGGCACCAGCACCAACAGCUCCCGGGACUCUCUGUACGAACACCUGCCCCCCGCUCCCAAGCCCCCUUCCCGCGCGCUUAGCGAGCCCACGCCGGGUGGGCAGGCCGAUGAAGAGGAGGGUGAGGAGGACGGCUACAUGGUGCCCACCAGCGUCAGCGCCGGGCCGCCCAGCCACGUGCACAUCAGAUGCAGACCACCCACAGGUCCGCAACACGCGCGCUACAGAAAAUGUCGCAGCGAGCUUCCCACGCGGGGCGCUGUCGUCACUGAGGGCGUGCCCCCUGACAACCUCACUGACCUCCGCAACGUCACAAACCAACAGGAUAUCCAGGAACGACCCUACGGCACGAUCACUGCGCUUGACUGGACCGGAAGUACGUCACAGCUGUACGGCUACAAGGUGAAGGACACGAGAAGCGCCGCCCCGUGGCCAUCAGACUCUUUACAUCAGACUCGUGCUAAUGACGUGCUUCACGGCAGUCUCACUCGCUCCUCUUUAGAAAAUCUCGACCUGGAAACGAGGUCGACCCAUGGAAGCAGGUACAGGUCAAGGUCUCAGGGUCGGAACCACCAGGUGGAUGCCAACGCAACAAUUCGGUUGCACAACCUGCGGAAGUCUCAAGGAGCAUUGCAGGAGCUGUUCCAGACCAGCAGCCUUGGUGACAGCCAGAGUUUGUUCUCGUCAUCCACCCACACAAAUUACCCAGGCGCCGCCAUUCCGGAUAUGACGUACCACCCAGAGAUGAGGUCUUACCACGCGCUGACUGUGGCGUCCACUGGAUGUGGGCCAUGGGACGCAGAGGGCGCUGAGAACGGGCACGGUACCUUGACUCGCCACACUUGGCCCGCAUUUAGGGUCGCAAGCAACCCGUACAGCCAGCGACCUUUCACCUACAUCGGCUACCCCGACAGCGAGUCCCUCUACCGCAAGUACCCGCGGGCGCUGUCCAUGACGGGGCUCAGCGACUCCGCCUACCCGAAGCAGGGAGACGACUCGGCCAUUUCGGUGGGUUCCAGGGGAGGCGAGUACGUUCUGCACAACGACAGCGAGUACAGCUAUAACGAGUACAGCGACUCACUCAGCUGUGUAACCACGAGGACGAGUGUGGAGGACAACUGGAGGCCUCCUGACGACAUUUCCGGGCUGUCGGUGCAGGAGGUGUCGCGGUCGCUGCGGUACAUCGGCAUGAAGGACCGCGUGGUGCUGCGCUUCUCGCACGAGCAGAUCGACGGCAGCAUGUUGUGCUCGCUCGACAAGCGGCUGCUCAAGGAGGGCUUCCCGGACCUCAACGCCCUCGAGAUUAAGAAGAUUCUCGACUUCGUCAGGGGCUGGCGACCCAAAAAGAAGUGAACAGAAUGAACGAGUCGAGGGCUUAACUCGCACCUGAACACCUGGCGAUUGCUUGCAUGGGAGAGGCUUUGGUGGUGUCACUUUUAUACAGUGUUGAGCGAACACACGUUCUACAGUCACGUGAUCUUUGGGUGACAUAAUGUGCUCAGGAAAUGGCUGCACGCCCUUGUAGACAAGCAUCACGGCGAUAGGUUGUUCGCUAGACGACUCGUCGGUCUGGACAUCUAACGUGAAGGAGGACGAUCUGUCUGGUAUCGCCUGCGAGGAAAGGACAGGCAGCCUUCGUCUCCCGCUGCUGGCCUCCCUCGUGCCUGGUGACGUGUACAGCCAGGUCAAGCAGGGCAGGUCCAUCCUACACCCCCAUGUCUCACCCCACCCCACCUUUGUGUCGCAUCCAUGGUAACGAGAGAAGCUGGCUGCUUGACUUUAUGCUGUGAACAUUUCUUGCAGUUUCUGAACACUUUAUCAGUUCACAGCAGUUACUUUCCUCUCUGCUGUGAAGACAGACUGCCGCACUGUGUAAGGCUUGACAGUGGACCACUCGCAAUCCAGAUCGAACUCGCAUGUAUUCAAGACUUAUAUGUACCAUAUGUGUCACGUGUCUGCCACUGCUGUCUCUGAGGGCUCUCUCAGUGGCUUCCCUUCCUCCUACCCCUCCCCUUCCCCCAAGUGUCCGGGAGGCUGGAAUCCUAGAAUGGUGCGAGUGGACGACAGUGUGUAGCGUGGCGCGGAGUCUUGGUUGCCACAGCACAGUGCAGCGGGCAGUACGUAUUCACGCUGACCUGUCUCAUAGUCACACACCUGUCACGUGUGCACGUGACCAUGUCUAGCAUCUUGCCAGUAUGAAUAGAUCAGUGUUGGUGGUAUAUCUUACACUCUUACACCGACACCCCGAUGCUACACCUGUGACAGUUGUGUGUGAGUGCGUGCGUGCGUGUAACUGUUAAAGUCUGUAGUCAUGUUCAAGUCUCUUACAAACUCCACGAAGUACGAAGACCAUUAUUUCGGGAUCUUGUCUCCAAUAACAACCACAUGCGCGAAACCACCGAUGUAAGUAAACACGGCGCACAGAAUGUGUGACGUAGCUCUGGUGCCCUCGGUGAAGCCUCUCCACGGUGACGUCAACAAGUGGUACGCACUGAGGUCGAUACCUGCGUCUGCAGUUGUCAAGUAGCUCUGUCUCUCUAAGACACUGGGCGUGAAGGGGUGGGGAGAGAAUUUUAUAAUAAAAUUAAUGUCUGAACGCUUUGCAUGAGUGAUCUUGUACGUUCUUCCUUCCAGCAGAUGAAGGUGUAAACGAGGCAGAUGGCUGGCGAGCCACACCACUCACCACUUUUCAUAUUUUUGUGUGUUGAGAGAAGGCUGAAGGCAUUUCAUUUCACUAAUGAUUCCAGUUCGCCAACCUUCUUGAGUGAAACUUUUGUUGUCAUCUGAUUGUUAGCUAUUUAUACAUUUAGGACUCAGUGGUCUGGUGUGGGGGAGACUUUUGAAGUGCUGAGUUGCUGGCGCUGACUUUGUAACAUCACAAGUGACUGUAGUGAUAACAUGGUAAAGCUGACCUCAGUCUUGUACCUAGGUAACCAUAGUGAUACCAUGGUGCAGCGUGUGACAGCAUCCAAAACAGAAAAUGUAAAUAAUUUUGUGUUGUCAACAGAGUAAACUGAGGUGUGUAUGUAUA